GAAUCUGGGGUAUAAUGCCGGUAAAAGUCAACUGUAUUCGGCCGGUGUGAUGCUUACUGUAGUUUUGUCGCACCCCUUUCUAUCUUUCAUGGCUGUCGUAGUUAUGAGCUUCGCGUCUGAACAUAAAGACAUACCACUAUGCAUCUACUACCAAUGACUACGUUGCCUAUAUAUCUAGCUAUUCCUCUAGCCUCUUCGCUAAAGGUAGCAAGUAGACUUUCGGUGUUAGAAUGGACCCCCGAGCUCAUCGCCAAGGAAGACUUCUUCGAGGGAGAUGUUCAAAUCGUAGAUGGUGGCAUCCCCAGCCUCUUUAGCGACCCAACAGUAGACCUAGGGUCAAACUCCGAGACCCAGCUACUCCUACAAUUCGGGUCACACAAGAAUCUACGAAUGGUCGGUACGGUUGCGGAAGUGUACUAUCGAAUCGUGGCAAACAAGAAGUCUGGGAUUAGCGCGUUGGCAGACCUCAAGGGAAAGAAGAUAGGGGCGAUGAAGUCUACCUCAUCUGAAUACUUCAUUCAGACGUAUCUCGCUACGGUUGGACUGACACCGAAAGAUUAUACAAUUUCCUUCGGACUUGAUUGCCUCAAGGAACCAUGUGGGGCCAACACAUUCCCGGCCAUGCUUAAAAGGGGUACCAUCGACGCCAUCGGGUCAUGGGAACCGUCAGUACAGCUAGGUGCCGAAGCUCUCGGAGACGACGGAAUCAUUUUUGGAAGUAAUCAGACAGUGUACCGAGAGAUAUACAACCUAGCUACAACCGCCGAGAAGCUCGAAGACCCGAAAAAGAGGGCAGAUAUCAUUAAUUUUUUGAAAGCCUUGAAGCAAGCUGAAAGCGUCUUUCAAAGCGACCCCGAAAAGAUAAUUUGUCGAGCUGCGGAGGCUGCGAAGACCAAUGCCACACUGUUGAGCACGGUUUGGCCUGUUCAUAGGUGGGAUGUGCGUGUGCCACCCGAUAUGUUGGACGUGCUGGUUGACGAAGAUAAGUUUGUGGCCGCGUACAGCAAACGGGAACCUCUUUCCCGGGAAACUCUCGCUGCCUUGAUAGACUCAACUGUACUGAAGGAGGCCCUUGGCAUUUGACUGCUGACCAUCAAUGUCGUUUUUAAUCAUUCACUCAUGUACCAAAACUUGGAAGAUGAGUCUUAUUCGAGUGCUAUAUGUCUUUUCUGGACAUUGUGACUCGACCUAGUAGCCAUAGUUCUCAAAUCAUGUCGCAUCUGAAGUUCGUUUGCUGCGUAUUACAAUCCAACCCUUUUUGAAGCUCUUAGGGGUGGAUUCGGUAAACUGCAUUGA